AGCAACAAGUGGGGGCAGUGGGAGGGCAGGAGCUGGUUAUUAUACCCCUCAUUCCUGCACUGCUGUAGAUCUGGAACGCGGACUGCAUCCAAGGAGGCUAAAUUAAUGAAAUACAUCUCAUCGGGAGAGACAAAAGCAGCGUUAAAUAACCCAGGAAGAGUGCAAUGAGUUGGUUAUAUCCCUGAGAGAAUGAGAAGGGAGGAGAUGACUGAGCACAGUUAAAAGUUGCUGUUCUCAUUUAACGAGGCCUCAUUGAGAUUACUGUGGACUUUGGAAGAAACACAUCAUCUGACUGGUGAUUUUCCAUUGACAGCCUCUGUCAUGAAACUCACACCAAAUCAAGCACCAUUGUAUGGGGAGUCUGUCCUCUCUGUGCUCCUGGGCGAGGAGCAUGCAGUCGAAGAGGAUGUCUCCUUUUACCUCAUGUUCUCUGGCUCCAGUCAACGUCAUUUAACCAGCACACAGAGAGUAGACCAGAACACGUUGCAGACAGUCGCUCCUGCACACAACUGUUGUGAGAUGGUGAAAGUCCUGCUGUGCGCCUCCAAGGAAGGAUCUCCCAUUUCUGUGCUGGCAGAAGAGAAUUUCCAGUAUGUGCAAGAUGCCACCUACGAUAUGGCACGGUUUCUGGUGAGCAGUGCUGGAUCCCAAGAGGCACUCAAUGCAAUCAGAAUAAUGGAUAACUUCCGCAUGUCCUCGGAUGACGUGACACUGCUUGAUAGGGAUCUGACUUUAAAGGUGCAACAUUUGGUGCUGCCUUCCAAGUGGAAUGUCCUGGGACCAGACACCAAGCUGCAAGCUUCAAUCCCUCGGGAGACGUUGAUGCAUUUCACAGCAAGACUGGGUCUGUCAAGGCUAGCCUCGUUCCUCCUGCAGCAGCCAGGAGGGCAGGAAGCUCUUGGCAUCGCCAACCUCGAUGGGGCCACGCCCAUUAAUCUCGCAGCACAGAGGGGUUUCCAUGGGCUCGAGGAGCUUUUUGCGCAACAAAACUCUGCUGCAACUUUGCAGGAAGAUGUAACGCCAAUCGUAUCCUCUGAAGACUGCUCUGUGCGAUUUCAGCAGCACCUGAAUGUUUACAUGUACACCAUCAAUAACCCCCAAGGAGCUGAGCUCAACAACAUGGAACACAACAUCAGUGAACUGCAGAGAUACAUCCACUCUCACAGGCGUGAAAUGGGUACACUUCCUGCACCAUCCCCUCACCCACAGUCAGGGCUAUCCAUGCCUGCUGAGUGUUUAAGAACUGAAGAGAACAAAGAGGACUGCAAGUCCGAAACCCUCUGCCCGAUUGCACAAGUACUAACUGAAAUACCUGUUGAGCGAUCAGCUUAUCUGUCCCCACAGGACGGCACGCUAACUAAUACGGAGUUGACCAACUGGUGCCCUGAGGCAAAAGUUGCCGAUGAUCAACAAAAUAUCACUGAGGCAAAACUGGAGGAUGAAACAAUCUUUUAUGAAGCUCUGUCCACUCUCCCAGAUGAAGGAUCCAGGUUACCAGUGGAUUCUGACAAUGAACUAGAUAACAAUACCCUUGUGCAGAGCACAUUUGAUGGUGAAUGUGAUCAGAGCAUUCUAUCCUGUGACAGAGAACACAAGGGGACUUUGGGGUCAACUGAGGAAUUACAUCCGAGCCAAGAGUGUGCAUUCAAAAGUGAUGACCCUGAAGUGGACAUCAUGGUGAUUGGAAAUCCCGACGACGGAACAGCAGACUCUGUGGAAACUCUUGAUCACGUGGAGAUGGAGUCUCCUGUCAUUAAGGAAACUAAGCUGGAUGAAGCCAAAGAAUGUGUUGAGUUGUCCACAGCUGAAAGUGGGCCAGCGGAGGGACUUGUACAGGAGGCAGAUUUUCAAGGUGUACAACUAAGCAAUGAAAACCCUCCACUCACUGAACUGUUUGAGGAAGCCACAGUGGAUUUAGAGCUGGACAGCAAUGAUCCCUGUGAAGACACUGAGGGUUCACCAAUGCACACAUCCGAUGAAAUGAACGUUGGAGCUGGUGGUGAGGUAUGCGCGGAUACAGUGGACUCGAUUUGUGAUUCAGAUAAUGAGUACAAAGGACAUCACCAAAGGAUUGAUGAGGAUGAGGUUCUGCAGAAUCUUGAACUACCUCGCUCAUUAAAUCCCUUUGAGGAAUUUGAUCAGAAUGAUACAACUUUCAAAGUGCUACCAUUAGAUGAGCAAAAUGCUGCAACUUUGAAAGUGCAAACUUUACAUGAACAGAAUGAUGUGAUAUCAGAAGCACAGUCGUUACACGAAGAAAAUGACACAACUUCAUCACUGUUUCCUCUGAGUAAUAUAGAAAGUGAAUCAGAACAAAAUGAUGACCUGUUGGACUGCCCUUGUGAUGACGAGUGGUCUAAACAGGUUGAUGCAUUGUUGGAAACUGCUUCUUCUGAUUCCAGUUUGGGGGAGGAUCAAGUAUUGUCAAAAGAAGUCCAAGCAAUGGUGGAUUUAAAGGAUGGAGUUUCUCAAAAUGAGGGCACGGAAGAUCUGUUGCCCAAGAGUAUCUCAGAAAUGCUACCUUGCUUGCCACUGACUUUGGAAAACCCAUUUAAUGAAGGUGAUAGUCCCGAUGGAGUUAAAAAGACACUGGAGUUUCUCCGCAAAUCCAGUGAUGCAGUUAUGUAUUCUCCAAAUCAAGAGGUGCUGCUCAGUAUAGUAGAGGAACCUGCCGAUUAUACGGUAAACAGUUCUUCAGAUUCUGAGGAUCAGUUUGAAGAAUGUGAAAAGCCUUCGCCUGUGGAAGAACUGAAGGAAGAUGACUGGAUGAUGAAAGAUACCGGAUCAAAUGUCAAACAUGAAGACAGUUCCCAUGAGGAUGAGAAACCUGACACAAUUUCUUUGGAUACGAAAGUUACACGGGGUUCUCCCGACUGGACAUUUAACUCUGUGCUGGAUGCAAAUGGAAACUUGGAACCUGUUGACUUGAAAGAAGGGCUACAAGAGGAUGAAGUCAAUAACAUUCAGAAACUGUCCAAGAAUCUUGCUGACUCUGUCCCUGAGCUGAUUAGCCGAGAGAACUGGUGUCCUACUCCCACACUGGUCCAACCAAAGCAGAGUCCCGAAACAGCUGAAUGUGGCCCAUUAUCUAAUCCAUCACUGGCUGUUGAGUGUAGUUCAUCAAUGCCGGUGGCUGGAGAGCCUCUAUGUCACUCCGAUCAACAGAUCAGCAUCGAGACUGUGGAAACAGAAGAUCUGCUCACAAAGGCAGAUGAUGAACAGAAUGCAGUGUAUGAAAUCAGUGGAGUAACAACAAGUAGUUCGACCAUCGAGGACCCUGAACCCUCCGAGACCCUUGAAGGUGAUGUGUUCUUGCUACCCACCACUGCCUUGGAGAUGAAGGAGCCCAGCAAGCAGCAGAGCCCCGUGAGCACGGAGGAGAUGGGUGGCAGAGGAUCGUCCGGGCAAUGGGACGGCUGCCCUGUCGUCUGCGAAUCGGAGGAGGAGAAGGACAGUGUCGCUGAAGUGCCCACUCGUGCCUCCACCUUCAGGCCGUCCAUCAGGUCACUGUCGCCCUUUCGACGGCACAGCUGGGGUCCCGGGAAAAACACAGGCGGUGAAACCGAAAUCAACCAGCGGAGUUACAGCCUGGAAGGUCUGACCGCUGGCAGUGAGGUGCCAAAGGAGCCAUCACACACCAUGGAGUCGGUUCUUCAGAGUUCCCGGGACCCUCGACGAGCUCCAGUGGUCUGCACCGAUGACCGUGGCUCACUCGUCUCGCUGACUGAGGAAGAGAUGGAGUCGGACCACAGCGAGGGCAGCAUGUUCGAAAACCAGAAUUUGGCAAGGCCACAGCUACAUUCUGCUCCUCCAUUAACAAAAUCCAUUUCGCUCCAAGCUAUCAGCCCUCCAAGCACAGACAAUUUAAGAUCAGCCACCAUUAAUUCUCUUGGUCAGAGCAUCUCAGAGGAGGAUAACGGCCAAGUGCCACCAAGUCCUACAAGAAAAGAUUUGGAAGGAAAAAGCAGCACAAAAGUGUAUCGGACUUUCAGUUACAUUAAAAACAAAAUGUCAAGUGGAAAACACAAGAACAAGGAGAAAGAGAAAACAAAAGAGAAGGAAGUAAAAGACAAGGACAAGAAAACCACAAAUGGGCAUGCCUUUAAUGCUAUUUUAGCAUUUGGCCCACCACAGUGUCACCAGUGUUACAAGAGCAUUACCACCAGGGAGGCAUACCUCUGUAACAAUUGUAACGCACAAGUUCACAAGGGUUGCAGGGACAGUCUGGUGGCCUGCAGCAAGAUUAAACAGAAGGACAAAAAAACACCUCAGGCCCGAGAUUCCUCAACAUUACCCAAUGCUGUCACGAUGAGAAAUAAACGCAAGUAUCUCUGUGUAUUCACAGCUCGCUGCGUAAAGUGCCUGAACAAUGCUGAUGUAUCAAUUAAUGAGUUUGCACAACCUGCGAAUGACGAAAGCUCCCUUGGUACUUGGAGAGCUUUGUCUCAGUCAACUGACUCUCUGAACCACAUAAAACCAGCAACAGAGUCGAUGGAGUCGUUGACAGAUGAAGGUAAGGGGAGUACGGACGUCAUGGAUGGACAGCUAAUGGGCGAGUUCGAGUCAGAUGCUAAAGAGCUGGAAGCAGACUCCUGGAGUCUGGUGGUUGACAACAAGUUUGUGCGCCAACAAAAGAAGGAAGUAAUUAAACGACAGGAUGUUAUCUAUGAGUUGAUGCAGACAGAAAUGCACCACCUCCGGACAUUGAAGAUCAUGUCUGAUGUCUAUAGCAAGGGGAUGACAAAGGAGCUGCAGUUUGAAACCUCGUUGGUAGACCGCAUCUUUCCCUGCCUGGAGGAUCUGAUAGACAUUCACACGCAGUUCUUCAGUCGGAUUCUGGAGAGGAAGAAAGAAUCCAUGGUGGAAAACAGUGAACGAAGUUUCAUCAUUAAAAAGAUUGGGGAUAUUUUGGUGAAUCAGUUCUCUGGACCCAGUGCCGAGCGAUUGAAGAAGACCUAUGGAAAAUUCUGUGGCCAGCACAAUGAUGCGGUGAACUUUUACAAGGAAUUGUUAGCGAGAGAGAAGAAAUUCCAGGCGUUUGUCCGGAAAAAAAUGUCUAGUUCCAUAGUUCGAAGAUUAGGGAUCCAGGAAUGUAUAUUACUGGUUACUCAAAGGAUUACCAAGUAUCCAGUGAUUGUCCAGAGAAUUAUUCAUCUUACCAAAGAAACCGAAGAAGAUUACACUGACCUCACUAAAGCACUGGUGAUGAUUAAGGAGGUGAUCGCAGCAGUGGAUCACAAGGUAAAUGAAUGUGAGAAGAAAACCAGACUCCAGGAGAUCCACAGCAGGACUGAGACCAAAGCCAUCAUGAGGCUGAAGAGCGGCCAGAUGUUUGCAAAGGAAGACUUGAUACGAAGAAAGCUGAUACACGAUGGACCUGUUACAUUGAAAGCAGCAGCUGGAAGAUUAAAGGAAGUCCAGGCUGUGCUGCUGUCUGAUAUGCUUGUGUUUCUUCAAGAGAAGGAUCAGAAGUAUACUUUUGCUUCACUGGACCAGAAGUCGACUGUGAUACCACUGCAAAAGCUCAUUGUACGUGAGGUAGCUCAUGAGGAAAAGGGGUUGUUUCUCAUCAGUGCCGCAGCCCAGGAGCCAGAGAUGUACGAGGUGCGAGCGAGCUCCAAAGAAGAGAGGACUAACUGGAUACAGAUCAUUCAGCAGACCGCAGACACCAUGGCACAGGACGAAGAUGAAGGAAUCCCAAGCGAGUCAGAGGAAGACCGACGGCAGUUGGAGAGCAGAGCCAAAGAGCUGAAAGAGAAGCUGCAGGAAAGAGACCAACAAAUCCUCUUGCUGUUGGAAGAGAAACUGAGGCUCUACAAGGAAAUGGUGGAAGCGAGUGGUCACGAGGAGGCAUCUCAGAAUCUGAUUACAAGGUCUUUCUUCCGAGCUAAUUCGGAGGAUGCCCCCAAAGGAGAGUCGCUGCUCAAGGAUGCAAUGAAGGAAGUGGAGAGCCUGCAGAACCUCUUGUCUCUGAACUUUGGAGGAGCCCUGGGGCAGCCAGCAGCCGGUAUCCCAGAGCAAGAAGGGGCCAUGGGCCACAUCUCCCUACCCAGGAGGGCAGAGACAUUCGGAGGCUUUGACAGCCAUCAGAUGAGCACGGUGAAAGGUGGUGAGAGAGAUGAAGUGGAAGAUGGGCAAGACCUCCGCAGAACAGAGUCGGACAGUGUUUUGAAGAAGGGGCUGACGGCCAAUUUGCUGCUGCCAAUCAGGAAGAAUGAGCAAGUGCUUCAGAAGGUUCUUAAUCUACAGCAGUUGCUGCUUGGGUUACAGGCGGUUGUAGUGCAACAGGACUCGUUCAUCGAGGACCAGAAGCAGGCCCUGCACGAGCGCCUGCUGCGGUCACACUCCCGUCCCAACACCCUGCUGGAGCAGGAGAAGCAGCGAAGCCUGGAGAAGCACCGGCAGGAGCUGGCCAACCUGAAGCGGCAGCAAGCCCAGCACCUGGAGGAGAAGCGGAAGCGGGAAAAGGAGUGGGAGAGCCGGGAGAAGGAGCUCAGCGAGCGGGAGGCCCGGCUGUCCCUGCAGGACGGCGAGACGGCGAGGCAGCGAGACGAGGUGGAGCGGCAGCGCGAGGAGCUGCGGCUGAAGAAGGAGGAGUAUCAGCAGGACCUGGAGAGGCUGAGGGCCGCCCAGAGGCAGCUGGAGAAGGAGAGGGAGCAACUGAAGAGGAGGGGGGAGCAGCUCAGCCACCAAAGACACGAUGACCUUUUGCACUCGGACUCCCUCAGCUCACAGGCUUCAGAUCGAGACUCUGCUUCACAAGCAGACUCUGCAGCCGAGGGCUCACCAAGCUCAACGAAACACCUCAGUUGCAAUUCGUUAAACCGGGAACCUGUGGACACGCACCUUACAAAGAGGGGAUCGUUAGAGAACUUCCCCAACACCCCCUGGACAGACUCCACACAGGGCUCCACCAAGAAGCCCACCAAUCAACAGAGCAGCACAAACCAGAUAAACAACCCCAUCCCUCCCCGGUUACUGAAGCUGGCCAAACCAAAGGAGAAGAAGUCCAAGCACCGUAAGAACAAAGGGCACAGGUCCGGAAACCUGCCAUCAGAGUACAGCCCAGAUGUCCUCCCAGCAACAGGCAACCCGAAGUUCCAUCAGGCAAGCUCGGAUACAAAGCGCCCUGCAACUGAGCUGCUGGGGAACGAGGAGGUCUUCUACUGUUGAGCUUCUCUGCAUUAGAGACAUGGUGGAGACAGGAUGGGAGCACGGGUGUGGGAGAGGCAGCGGGAAGGGAGGGGGGGAGGAGGCGGGACUGCUGAAAUCCUCCUGUGCGGGUGUCUUCAGUUGGUGCAGCUUGGUCUGUGUACCCAGCUGUGGCUUCCUCCACUUCUAGUUGGUGAAGGUAUCGCUGAAAGUGCAGGCAGAACCAACAAGUAUAUUUAGUUGGUGCAUUAAACUCUCUAUUUGCGUAACAAAAGAAUCGAUUGGGAAAACACCGACCCAGGGCUUCAAGGAAACUUGAUCGGAAGUCGUUGAGCAAAGAUUUAAUAUUCCAACUGCUGUUGGAUGUAGUUGGAGAUUAAAUGAGUGGGUGAAGUGAAUUGGUCGUUACUGUUUUCCAUUCUGUUGAGUUCUCACACAGAAUGUUGGAACUGUUACAAACGAAGGCAUUGCUAUGCACACUAAGCUGUGUCAGGAGACAACACCUUGUGUUCGAGGUUUAAGGGACUGUGGCUCAAAUCCAGGGAGCUAAAUUUAGAGUACGACACUUGAGUGGUUUAAGUAUGAUCCACAGUAAACAAAAAUCGCAGAAAUUUCAUUCAAUAAACUUGGUGGACAGAGCCAGCUGUGAUCAUUCACCCCUAGUGAAAGAUGUUUCACCACCAGAGUCUCAAAGUACUCUCUCCUGUCACAUCCUGAAAGGAAUGGCAAUGUCUCAGAUUGGAACGGUUCUAAUACCAAUUAAGCAAUUGGCUGAUAAUCCAGAGACAACACCCCACUUCCCCGCUCAGUGGCGCUUCAGCUAUCAACUUUGGGGAUUGGUAUAGGGUUCCUGGUACUCAUCAAAAUUAUUUGACCAUGACCAGACAAACCAGUGGCUAAAAUAGGUCAAACUGCAAGGCUAGAGAGGGAUGUACCAGCUAAAUAGCUUGUUUGUGGAAUAAUCUCCAAUGCACCAUCAGAUUAUAAAUGUAUAUAAAAUGGAAAAUUUCCCCCUUUUGUGGGAGAGAAUGGUUCUGAGGUUUGUAUUCUUCCUUUUCCAAAAUGUUAAUAUUUAAAUUUUUUAGGGGAAGAAUCAACGUCAAAUAUCAGUGUAAAAUUAACUCCUGAAUGUAUAAUGUUUUUAAAAAGCAAAAAUUGUACAGCUGCAAGGGUGAGAAAUGUCCGUAAAGGUUUAUACUUGAUUUCCUCUACUUUUAUAUCCAUUUUAUUAGAAUGCUGAUUGGGAUAUUUUAAUUACCUUUGUUUGGAUCAUCUCAAUUCCGAAAAUGCACAGCAUCAUCUUUUGUCUGGACUGCUUAUAAUUGGAGGGGUGGGUCGACUCGGGUACAGUGUGUCAGGCACUGGUCUUCUCAGGAGCCUGGGUUUAAAUCUAACCUGGACUGAUGGGGGUCAAGAUGUCUUGUCCACUUUAUAGGGUCCUGUGUGGAAUGUGCUCCAUCGAAUGCAGAGUAUAAAACUGCCUGUGACUUGGCACUAAAUUGGGAAUCUCAUUCACAGAUAUUAUUGGCAACUGAUUUGGGGCAAAUAGGUACCACAGGGGAAACUUUGCCAGAAAGCUUUGCUCAUUGCAUAGUUGUACCUGUGCAUCCUUAUGGCUUGCGCAGGUACCUUGUUAGUUCUGUGGAAUGCAUUCUCUGGGCACAUAGAGCGAACAGCUCACUGUAACCACUGAUCACCGUCACAUUUUCAAAGACACCUCAUUCAGGAGCACUGGACAGUUUCUAGAGUACUCUGUUGUGCUUGUGUGUGGGUUAAGUUGGACAAGGGGAGGUGUGGAUGGGGAGGGGGAGGGGGGCAGUGGGAGCGGAGAAUUUGCACUGUUUAGUUGUAGAGGGACCAGAAUCACCCAAUUUUGCUUUUGCUCUCGUAUCUCCGCCUUACUGGGAGGAACCAUAGCAACGGAUAAAGGACAUGGCCAGAUCCAAAAUAGCAACAGAGUGAGUAAAAGCAUAGAGGGGAUUGACCAGUUCCCGUGGAGCCCCAAAUAACUUCUCACAUGGAUUGUUUAAGAAUUGGAUGUAUCUUUUGAGAUGUGUAAAUAGACACAACAAUAGACCAUUCAGCUCCUCAAUUGGAUUGAAUGAACUCAUGGUGAAUUUGUUUCUUGACACCAAUUCCCAGCCUUGGCUCCUUAACCCUUAGAACCAAUAAAGGUCAAUGGGUUGCUGUUAAUAUGUGGUCAUCCCUCACCACAGGGCUAGUGUGAAGGAUAUCAUCUCCUUAGUAUGGUUUGAUGCCAAGAAGCACUUUAAAGGAAAAAAUUGUUUUUUAAAAUAUGCAUACACUGUGGGAAGCUUUUUUUAUUUCUUUAACCGGAGAACAAUUCCAAUUCCACAAUGUGUUUUUUUUAAUUAUUGUUGUUUCUCGAAAGCAAAUGUCAGGGAAAUAUUUCAGUUGAGUUUUAAUGUGCAAUGCCAUUUCAGUUUUGGUUUUGUCCCCCGUAUGAAUGGGACAGAGGGAUGCAUUUUACCAAACAGUCUGUACGUCGAGAGAGUACAACCACUGAGCGCGAAUUAAUGGUUUUACCAGAUCCUGUGGUAAACUUUCCAUUUUAUAAUCUCAAGAGGUGCUGCUAAAGAUUUCAGAAAUUUUAUUUUUUAAAAAUAUAUAGGAUUUUUCUCCCCAAUUUUUGUGUCUGUUUUGAUUUGAGUUAUUGCAGUGGUCAGUGUAUUUGGAGAGAGAGAGAGAGAUCCAACUUGCAAAUUGAUCUUGCCUUUGGGAUGAAAAACUUGUGUGAACUCCCAUUCCCCAGACUACUCCGGAAAUUUCAAUGCAACUAAGUUGCUCAGAAACCCAUUCCUACCAAAUCUUUGUUGGUUCCAUUCCAAAAAGGAUUCCAACGUGGUACUUCUGAUAACACUUUCUCCCCUCUCCUCUCCUGAUAGUAACUUGUGCUGGGGCACAGUUUCCAUGGAUUCUUUCUUCUCCAAACCUGGGUUGGUGUGGGAGCAUUCAUCCAUAAAGGGAAUCUCAUCUAAGGAGCAGGAAGCCUACCCCCACUUGCCUGACUCUUCAGCCUAACCUGCUAAGGCCUUUCUACUUCCAAUCAGUCAGUGCAGAUAAAAACCUUUUCAUUUUGCUAAAAACUAAUUCUUUUAAAAAUUGCAGCACAGGGGAAAAGAUAUGCGAGUAUCAGUGUUAAUCAAUGCUUUGUUCUACCUAAUCAGCUGAAUGGCUCAGGUUAGUGUUGGAUCAUUCGGCAGCUAGUAGACCCGCUGUCUCACAGCUCCAGCAACCUGGGAUUCAAUCCUGACCUCUGGCGCUGUCUGAUGUUAGCACGUUCUGCCUGUGGCUGUCUGAGUUUGUUCCAGCUUCCUCUAGUCACAAAGACAAUCAGGUGGGUAGGCAAGGUGGUCGUUGUGAAUUGCCCCAAGUGUGCAGAUUGAGUGGUAAAUCUGGGGGGAGUUGCUGGGAAGGUGGGAGUUGAUUACGGGGACAAUAAAUAGGGGGAAAGAAUUGGGUGUGGUAAGGGAAUGCACGUGAAUAUUGCACUUUGUAUAAAUUAUUCACCCAAAUGAAAGGUUAGUAGGGAAGGAGGAAAUGUCCCAACUGAGGGACAUUGCUGUUUAACCCAGUGAAGUCGUGCACAGUUCACCCACUUGCUACUGGAAUAGAGACUGCAUGGCCGUAAGCACAGGUGUAACCAACAGAAAGUGCACCUCCCUUUAUAGACAAGGAAAACCACUCAGGUGAAGCACCUGACUGCUGGAAGGAGUUGGUGCUGGGCUUUUGCUUAAACACAUUAACCAAAAGAAAUUUCAAGGCAAGGACUAACAUUCAAAGAUGCACAGCAUUGGGGGGAGGGGGAGGGUGUACCCCAGAGACUUGCGUGGUAGAUACUUUUCUGGAUUUAAAUGCAUGGGAGUUUUUGGUACAGGCAACUUUCUGCUUCAAUGACAGAUCUGUAGAUGAGCCUUAUUUCAACAGCUGCUGGCCAAGUCCCCGCCACACUUAAGUUUUCAACGUUCUUUUUAAACCAUGUUUGAAAUAUCCAAUGAACAAGAUAACUAAUUCCACCAGGAUCGGCACGUUUAGUUAAUGGGCAAAGUUUUUAUUUGGAAAUGGUUACUAUGGAUACAGUCUGUCUUAAGGUGGUGCCUAUUCAAACUACCCUCUCCCCCACUGAACAUUGAACCACAAUAGGGGUUAAUUUUCCACUUUUUAAGCUUCAUAUUUUGAACCAGUAGGUUAUCAGAGUGAACCUGGCUGUUUCUAAACUCUGUCCACUGUUAGGUUUGCUCUCGGGUCCCAAAGGCACAGGCCUUUGGGAUGUGAGAGUUAAUUAGCCACUAUGGAUUACCCUAGUGCAUAAGGUGAGUGGUAGAACCUGUAGAGAGUUAAUGGGAAUGUGAGGAGAAUAGAUUAUAGGAAAGAGUUUGCUACUGACCACUCCAAAUCUGAGACUGAUAAAUCCAUCAUUAGUUUAAUGGGGUUAAUCUGUUCUGAGUUUGUGUGAAUAAAAUAGCACAGGCAGCAAUUUACCAGCACAUUUGUGAUGAGAUGCUAUUUUUAGACUAAAUAUGCAUAAUUUAUCAGUUUUGAAAAUUUUUGUUUUUUUAGACGAGUACCUGUUUCUGUGGGUUUAGCAAAGGAAUUCACUCAAUUAUAGGUGAUUUGGCAAGUGUUUUAGAAUGAGUGUUUAAUGCCUCUCUCGAUGUACUGUAAACUUGGUAAACGCAUACCAGCUGUCCCUCCUCCCCACCUCCACUUAUUCUUUCAGCACAACCCAAUUUCUAAAGGGCUACUAAACGUAAACAUUCCAUGGGAACUCCCUGAAACAACCUGGACUCACCACCCCGACAGAGGCCUGGAGUCACAGAAAUCUUACCAAAUUGCUUUGAUUCCAACAUCCUGAAACCCCACACUGGUCCCUAUUUCCUAUGCCGUUCGAAUGGGUUAAUUCAGACACAGCUGCCUUGUACUGAAAAUGUAUAUGCACUAACUGAAUUGUGGAGUGCUCAGGAUCUUUCUCAAGCAUUUUAUAUACCUCUCUGCUUACAAAAAAAAACAAGGUUCCUGAGGAUUAACUUCUACUGAGGUACACAGUGUAUUUUUUCUUGAUUCUCUGUGUAAAAAAAAUAUAAAAGUGAAAACCUAAUUAUUUUAUCUAUGACGUAAUGUAAAAAUAAUGAAAACUGUAUGAAAGCAGUCACAUGCUGAAAUGUGUUUUUUUUGUAAUUAUACUUUUAUUUAUCACUGGUUUUCCUGUUUUAGAUCAUUAAGGCAACAUCUAAUUUGCCCUACAAUAAACAUUUACACCACAGA